AUGCUGGAGAACCUCCCCAAUGAGCUCAUCCUUCAGAUUCUGGCACACUGCUCUUCUGCCAGAGACUUGCACAGGUUCCUCACGGCGUCGCCGUGCUGUUACCGCAUCUUUGCCCUCUCGCCCGAGACCAUGCUGCUUUCACUCUUGCGUGGCCUGGUGCCGGCGUCCGCCUGGGGCGAUUUUGCCGCCGUCUGCCAUGCCGGGGCCUUUACGUGCGACGAUACGGAUAAUGAGCAACCUGUCUUGCAGAAGCAGGAUGUACCAGCGUUUCUAGACCGAUACUUCAACGGGGGCUUUGGCUUCCCGACGACCAAGGCGCAUCUCGUUGCGGGGCUGCGACUUCAUGCCACGACUACCUACUUUAUCAACGACUGUGUUGAUAAAGCGGCAGAGGAAAUUUCGUUUUUAGCUGAGCAUAAUCUUUAUGGUGCGCUGGGGUCUACAUUUUGUUCUGUUCGAGCGAGACAGGCCGAGGUUAGCGAUGGCAUUUCACAAUGUACGUCCAGAAGUAGCAGCGACACCACAGACGCCGCCAUGUUUGAGACCCUUUCGUCGACAGAAACGGCUCGGUUAUAUUGUGCCUUUUAUAGACUGGAGAUGCAGAGCCGCGUAUUUCGCCACGGCCAGCGCUCGUUUUCCAUGCUCUCCGGGCGCGAGCAACUCGACCUCUUCCUGCGGCGCCUGCCGCCCUGGGCCGUCGAGGAGCUGACGUGCGCGCACCAGUACUUUCUGUACGGCGUCUGGGACGCUCUCAAAGAAUCCAUCAACUGCGGGCUGGCGUCCGCUGAGAGUCCGCUGAGGCACUUUGGUACUGAUCUGCCGUUUGUGCCGUCCUGCUUGCAGAGCAACCGCGCCUGGCCGUUGUUUCUCAGCGGGCUGGUGCUGCGCGGCGUCGACUUUCUCUACAAUGUCCUCGUCGUGCAGCAGAAUGACCGACGCUUCGGUCGUCGUCUGCCGGAAGAUUCUUUGGACACUACAUCGUCGGGGGAGUUGGAGGCGGGCAAUAUGGUGCCGCAGUUUCUCGUGUCGGCGCUGGAGAUUGCGCGGUGCCGCCAGCACGCGGAAGAGGAGCCGAUGAGGCCCGCGCCAGAGGAGGAUGGGGAGGACGGGGAAGAAAAAGAUGCGGCAGGGCCGAGUCGGGGCUUUUGUGAGCACGCAUGCCGUGCAGGGGUGAUCGCGGGCGGAUAUCUACCGAUGUUGCGGUAUGAGGAGCAUGAGGCGCUGCGGGCGACGGGGUACGUCUUUUGGGACCGUGGGAAGAUGAGGUCCGAUGUCAUGCGGAAUGCGGUGGCAGGGGCCAAUGGCAUGGACCGUGAGGCAUAUUAUGAUCGCUACGGCCGCGAGCACAGGAGUUUGGUGGUAGCUCCCAAUUAA